AUGGCGAAUUCACUAGCAUCAAACGGCCACGGCAGCCGCACCCUCGAAGUACGCUAUCACAACUGGAGCAUGAACAUGGACGUCAUCGACCUCGCAACAUCCCAGCAACUUUACACGCUCCACGGCGGCUCGCUCGGCGGCACAUUCACGUGCGUCAACAAUGCCAACGUCGUCAUCGGCACGGGUCAAACGUCGCUGAUGCGCUCGAACGUUACCGUCAGCAUGACGGGCGCCGCUGGUGGCAUCGCGGGCACUUUUCAGACACACACCGGCAAGCUGCUCGGCGGAUCUCCCAAGUUCAACUCACCAGCGUUCGGUGGUCAGCAGAUGACGUGGAAGAACAAGGCCAUGUCAUCGAAGAUCAUCUAUACGCUGCUGGAUGAGAAUGGGAUUGCGCUAGCGCGCUUUGAGAGCGCGGGCAUGAAGUUCAAGAAGGUUGGCAAGUUGGAGAUUGUAGAUGCGGUCACGGAUCAGGCGCAGGUGGAUGAGAUCGUUGUUACGGUGCUGACGCUGUUGUACCGGAAACUAACCGAGAUGAAUUCGACGGUUGUGGUCUGA